UGGUGCUCCGGCCGGGGAGCUGUACGUAUGACGUCACACGACGUGCUCGCGACGGAAGUAUUUGACGAGUUUGACCUUCUUCCCAGAAGUCAGUUCGCUUUGGAGAUGGCGAGUGAGUGCCGGGGGACGGAGCGGCUGCUGCAGGCGCUGCGGGAGCUGCAUCCCUGCUUCUCCCCGGACUCCCGGCCUGCGGUUCAGGAGGUUCUGGAUGGAGGGGCCGGGUCCUGUGUACCGUUCCGGGUCCUGCGGGAGCUGCAUGCCCUGCUCCGGGAAAGAGGUUCCCAUACCUACCUGCAUGAACUGCUGGAAGGUAGUGAGAUCCAUCUACCAGAGGUCAAGCUGCCUGAACGGAACCCAGUGCUCGUGGCUCGCCUAGAGAGGAUAAAGGCUAAACUGGCAAACGAGGAAUACAAGAGGAUCACCAGGAAUGUGACUUCUCAGUCCAAUCGGCAAGGAACUCUGGCUGACCUUGGAAGACAAGUGCGGCCAUUAAAGACAAUCAUUAUUACAAUCUUCAACUUCCUAGUAACGAUUGCUGCUACAUUUGCAUGCACUUACAUUGGAAGUCAGUAUGUGUUCACAGAGUCUGCUGCGCGGGUACUAUCCUCUGUGAUCGUGGCUUCCUUAGUGGGAUUAGCAGAGCUCUAUGUUUUGGUCCGGACCAUGGAGGGGCAACUGGGAGAACUGUAGCAAGUUACUGAACUGGAAAUGCAAUGAAACUUUUAUAACUGCAUCAGGUCUACGCAGCCUUAACCAAGCUGGAUUACAUGAUUUCUGCGACUUCUCCCAUAGUACAUGGAGCACUAUAAAUGUACACUGUUUGUAAAAUGUAAAUUAUUUUGAAGAAUACAUCAUCUCAAGGUUAUGGAAAAAAGAAGACAAAUCUCAGUUGUUACUGCCCAGUGUUCAUCUAUUUAUCCAUGUGGUGCUGUGCUGUUCCUCUGUUAUUCCUACUAGAAACCUGUGAAUAAAUCUAUGCUC